CCCAGCGAAAUGUGUUCCUGGAUGUUGGUGGAGACGUUCAUGGGAAAAUAGUACACUUUCCUGAUAUUCACUGUUAAUACCAAGCGAGCCCCGGUAUAGGUGUUCUUGGUGUGCCUUACCAAAUCAUAGACCAUGAUGGAGCGAAGAAAAGCCUUAACUAUUCCAUUUAGUGUUAACAAGGAUAACUUGAUGGAAAACCCACUCAAAAUCCCCAUGACAGGUCUUUCAUCAGAAUGUGGGAAGUUAGACAGACAGGUUUCCUGGACUGCAUUUGCAGGUUGCAAACUCAGACAUCAUGAUUCAAAGCCUAAAAAUGGAUCUGUGAUUGACCACAAACAUGCAGCCACGGUCUCAUUGGAAAUGGCCAGGAGGAAGCCCUGUCUGGUCCUGACAGAUGUCCUGAAGACAGAGCAUGGCAAGACAUAUAUUGAAAGGAUAAAACAGAGUCAUACCAUGGGAAACGAAGGACAAAUGUCAAGUACGCGGAGGGAGAGUGGUCGGUGCAGAGAGGAACCUCUGACCUGCAGAGAAAGGAGAUCCAGUCAGAGGGAGGUCAACAAUGAUAAGAGCAAGAGUUUAACCCCUAAUCACAACCAGAGGCCCAACUCUUCACCCACUCAAAGGUCAAGACUCAGGAGAAGGUUACAAAAUGUUGACGCCGAAGACGACAAAGACGAAAACAAAGAUAUCGAGGAGGUGAUAAUAGGGAAGGACAAUGGAGCUGACUACAAAUUUGCUGAAGUUGUAGAUUGUGGGCUGUCAGUGAGCUGGAAACCUGCUGAGGAUACAGGAGGUUGUGAUGAGUUCUCCCCAGCGAGCAUCAAGGACAGGUGGACUGAUCCAGAAAAAGAACAGCAGCACAGUUUGAAGAGGAAAAGAAGGGAUACGGAGUCCCAGUGCAAUGGAACAGGCAGCCCCAAACGGCACCGUGAGAGUGUGCUUCGCCUCACUGGGGAAGAUGGAAGAGAUGGAGGACCGGCCCCUGCAAGUGUUUGUCUAGAAGAAAGUCGAGAGGACGUCGAUUUGGAGAGCCUGGACCGUAGCAUUGUACAAUUCACUGUGGGAGGAGAUGAUAUAACAGCAAUUCUGGUCCCGAUCGUCAAUCCAAGUAUAGAGGCUGGAGACUUAAUCGGCGCCCCGAGACAAAGUCUAUUAUCUAGCCAGGACAGCACAACCAAGAGCGGCCCCUCUGAACCAAUUGUGCUGUCCAGUGAUGAUGAUGAUGGUGAUGAUGAUGAUGAUGAUGAUGAGAGCGGCGAUGUUCCUGAGAACCGCAGCCCAGCGGUCCAUAGAAAAGAAGACACAGUAAUACAGGGCAAAUCCUCACAGGAAGCUGUGGUCAAGCAGCAAGAAGCUUCUGAGGUACAGCAAAUGCAGGUGCUGCAUGUAGUUGAAGAAGAGCCUCUUGGUUCAGUGGCACUCUCUCCCACCCCCAUUGUAGACUACUCCUGCAUGGGCUUAGCCUUCUCUACCCUGUACUGUGGAAGUUACUGCGGGAAGGCCAAUGGAGACAUUAUGGUGGCAGACCAUGAAAUCAUCAUCCCACUGAAAGACACGAGGGAACAGGUGGAGGUGAUGUUAACCUUGAAGCGCAAAGAGCUGAGGAGGUACAGUGUUUGGGAGCAGCAGGAAAUGGAGAUGCGGGACCUUCACUUUAAGGUUGAUAAGGAUCCUUUCCCUGUCGCCAUCCUUCUGUUAUGCCUGUCAGAAACUGCUGCAGCUGCUGUACAGCGGGACCUCUGCAAACUGUGUUUCAAACAAGAUGGAACCACGAACCCUGGCAAGGCCAGUCCCUUCAUCCUGCUGACUCUGAGAGAUCCUCUAGAGGGAAUGGAGGGGGCUUUAUUGCGCUCCCUCCUCGACAUUGACUGUCUCAACAGUCUGACACAUGACCAGUCUGUUGUAACCCAUAGUGAAGACAGAUUCAAUUAUUGGGAAGCUAUCCACACUCCUGUUCUUUCUCUGGAUGAUAGCAUAGAGCUGAUUAAAAGAACUGGACUGGACUCACACCUGCUGUCUCUGCUGGGCCUGGAGAGCACCGACCCUGACCCUGACCUUAACACUGACCAGGGCAAUUCACAUUCUGACACAGACGAAAGCAACACACCACACAACCAGCUGGAGGUUGAGCUGCAUAAAGAGACAGUCCAGGAGCUGGAGACAGCACCAGAGCAAGACACAGGGACAAAACCCAGACCAGAGGAGGAUAAGGAAGAACAAGAGCUUGAACAUCCCUCUGAGGAGAGAAAGAAGGAACCCACCCCUGUAUACACACUGUGCCAUCGUAGAACCAAAGGAUCAUACUUUGUGUCCCUGUGUAAACCAGACUCAGCAUGGACUAAAUUUAAACACCAGGGUCUGCCCCGCAGGUUGAUCCAGUUUCCUCCUCCUCCACUAAAAGGAGGAAUAACUGUUACAAUGGAGGACCUGCAGUGCCUUGACAGUGGGCAGUUCCUCAACGAUGUUAUCAUCGAUUUUUACCUCAAAUACCUUCUCCAGAAUGUGUCUGCUGCUGUGGCCGAGCGCUCCCACAUCUUCAGCAGCUUCUUCUACAAGCAGCUGACGCGGAGGGACAACGCCAGCGAGGGUGGCACCAGUGACUCGUAAAGGCAAAGGCGGCACCAACGGGUGAAGACAUGGACACGCCAUGUGGACAUCUUCCAAAAGGACUUCCUGUUUGUGCCUGUCAAUCAGGAGGCUCAUUGGUAUUUAGUUGUCAUUUGCUUUCCUGGACUGAAUGAGCCAAAACUUGAGGCCUGGACUGGCCUAGACUCAAAGGCAGAAAAGAGCCAUGGUGGGACAGAUGAGUCACAGGAUCAAGAUGACUCUCAAGGAUCUAAAAGUCCCAAUGAUAACACAGAGACACCACCUACAUUAAACCACAGUGACAACGUGAACACAGAGACAGAAAAGGCUCAAGAAGAAUCCACCAAAGACCCACCACCUGUUCGAGUGAACUGCACAGAGAAGACCUUCCAGGAAAAGGCUGUUUGCAAGAGGCCGUGUAUUCUCAUCAUGGAUUCCCUCAAACUUUCUCUUCACGAGCGAGUCUUCAAACUCUUACGGGAGUACUUGCAGUCGGAGUGGGAGGUCCGUCGUGGCUCAUCGAGGGACUUUGGUCCUGAUCAGAUGAAAAGCUCACAUUGCCAAGUUCCCCUUCAGGACAACAGCAGUGACUGUGGCCUUUAUCUGCUGCAAUAUGUUGAGAGUUUUUUGAAGGAUCCCGUGGUACACUUUGCCCUCCCCCUAAACCUACAACGAUGGUUCCCGCGGCAGAAGGUGCGGAGGAAACGAGACGAAAUCAGAGAUCUGGUACUUAACCUUUACCGGCAACAGAAUCUGGAUAAUAACAGAUAGACACAGGAGCAGCUCUACUGCUCAGUGCGUCACAUUCCUGUAGCCGAUAUAAAUCACUGCUCAUACUGAGCAAUGGACAUUUCAGCGUGAUCUGAAAAUAUUUCCUUUUAGAUUUUGUUGUUUUAUGCAUUGACUUGAACAAACCAUAUAAACCUUUGGCUGUCUGUGGAAGUGGAUAUGAAGGCAUCAGUUAAUUCAAACGAAACAAGUUAGCUGUCUAUUGAACCAGAAAUCCUUUUAAUAUUAAUUCCAUUAUUUCAAGACAAGCAAAUGUUUGUACACCCCAAGACUUUUUACGAUUGUUUUUAUGCUGCAAGACAUUUUAUGAAAUGAAUUAUUUGUAUUUAAUUUUCUAUGUAGAAUUAUAAGUCAAAGAAGAUAUUGUGUGACUGUUUAACACUUAGUUUGCGCAAGUAGUUUGUACAAGUCCAUUUCAGUUUCCUUGCUGAAUUUCAUUUUCAAAUGUUAUCCCACUGAAGCCUCAGGAACUGGAAUCUGCCCCAACAUGAAACGGCAAUUCCAUCAGUUUCCCCCCGUUGGAUACAUGGAACAACAGAGCAUCUCCUUCAGUCACUCAGUGCCUCAUUUACAGGUCUGUUAGCUUCCAUGUGCCAGACAGGACACCCGGCAGUGUGAACUAAGAUCAUUCACUCAUCUUCUCUUUGCAACGAAGCCAAACUCUGUAUGCCCUGCUCUGUAUUUAAGCUAAACUGGGAUCAUAUUGAGACACAGACACAGCACCUUAAUUUGCAGACAUAGGCAGAACUACACUAAACCAGAAUAUCACACUAUUAGCAGCUAAUCAUUAUUUUCAUUAUAAAUUAAUCCACCGAUUAUUUUCUCGAUUAUUCGAUGCAUCGCCUCCUCUACAAAAUUCCAUAAAACAGUGAAAAAUACGAGUCACACUUCCCUAAAGCUCCAGGUGAUGUCGCCUUAUCACCCAUUUUGUUCUUAAUCUGCUCAAAAUCCAAAGAUAUGGAAGUUGCCAUCACGCAAACGGAAGAAAAGAAGAUAAUCUCCACCAAUAACAAGUUGGAACCAUGAAUAGAUCAUAAGAAUAGUUUUUAUGUAGAUCGACUAAUUGCUUAAUCAACAAAUAUAGACUAUUCUACUAAAGUGUUUGGAAAUGUUUUUGAUACUAACAAGACAUUGAAGUUCUUUUGUCUUUUUGUCUCUUCUGUUUGAUCAAAUUUGACAAGUGAAUCCUUUGAAAGUUAGUGGCUGCUAUUGUGUAAAUGACUAAACUAAUAGCUACAGUACACACUGUAGACUAAGAGGAAACAUUUUGGUACACAAUGUGGGAGGAGUGGUCAUCCAUCAUGCUGUCCAAAUCAUAGAAGGCUGUGUGUUGUGUUCACGCAAAAUACUUUAUUUUCACACUGUCAGCUCUGGUUUCUUACAUAUGGCAUAUAAGUUUUCUGAAUCUUCUUUUCAUACGAUUGCAAUUUGGAAAAAGUUAAGGGGUGCACAUACAUUGGCAUGUAACAGUUUGCUGUUUCAAGGUAAAAACUUAACUUAAUUAAGACCUUUAAUGACCCUAAGAGAUGUUGCAGUCCAUCACUAUUAUUGCUUAAAUUCUCAACAGAGAUAAUAGUCUUGAUAGUCGAGAGUGUUUUUCCUUUAUGAUGUCAUCGAUGACAUGUUUUUUUUUUUAGACAUUGUGAUGGAUGAAUGUACAGGAGCUGAUUCCAAAAUAUCUUUGGUUCCAAUGGUGUAUUAAAACUUCUAGACCAAACUACUUGUUAUUUCGCUGUUAUUUUUUUCUUGGUAGCUGCAUUGAGCAAGCCCAGCAUGUUCUGGAUGAAGUGUGGACGAUGUUUGGGUUUAGUCCUGACUUUUGACCUGUUUUCCCUCCUGGUUUUCACAAGAUGAGGAUUAGUGAUUAGUAACUAAAACAGAGACCGCAUGUCUGCUUUGUAAAUCAGUUGAUUGAUUCCUUUUUAUGUUUUAGAAAUUUUCUUUGGCUCUUGUUCUGCAAAACCAUUUCUUUGGUUCCUUUUUGUAAUUCGUCAUAAUUCUCUUUUUGACCAGAAGAGCCAACGUUGUUCUUUGGCCAUAAGGCUGAAUUGGGAAAUGUCUGUACAUUACAAUGCUUGCCAAUAUAAUCUGUUCAGAGGGUUACAUGGUCAGCUUAGGUGUAUUUAUUGUCUCAGUCUGUCAGAUCCCUUCACAGUCUGACUCUUAGUAAUCCCCCUCCCAUUCUGUAUGGCACUGUGCUGCAGUCAUUGCAUCUACAUUAGCAAACCUCUGUGGGUGGUCAGCCCUGUCCACUGUCUGCACACGGUAUUGCUAACACGGUCUUUGAAAUGGUGAUAUUAGGAGCAGAGGAGUGUUUCACAUUGCUUCACUGGCGUCUCAUUUAGGAAUGCACAGCGAUUUGACUGAGUAAAGCCACUGCCAUUUACACCUACUUGGCUCCCCUGUGAGCCGUCCAUGAUCUCAGGUUACAGGAUCAAGUUCUCGUUGGAAUUAGAAGACACGUAUAAAAACAAGUAUUUUAUUUAUGGGGCAGAAAGACUAAGAUAUAACUAUUUAACUGCACGAAAUGCUGGCAAUAUUAUCUAACUUGACAACUUCACAUGCUAUAGUUGACUUUAAAUUGUGAGU